UAUGUACAAGACGAAUAUCAAACCUAAAACUAACUACCGCGGCUCCAUGCAGGAAUUUACCAGAAAAAAAAUACUGCAGUAUAGUAGGCUAUAGGAAAAUCAAUUCUGCGUUAAUUGUUUAAUUGAUUUAUCUCACAUCCUCGCUGAAAAAAGGACCCGCAGUUGCUGGAAAAAUUGCCUGUUUUCCCACUCGCGACACGUCUCAGCGUGGGAGAAAUACAUCUAACGUUAUAAUCUUUGGAGAGGCGGCCCUGAGUCGUGACGUUCCUGGCGCGUCAACAUCAUCUGCUAUAAUCAGCCUACGCCUGUGGUGAUUCCCAAUUCGCAAGGGUUUAACUAUAAUCGUAUCCGCUGUACUUCUAAAUAUACUUACAUCUUGACACAUCACAUCCAGGCGUUAGGACAGAACAGCAGAAUUCCAGUCGGAAUCAUGUCUGUAGCGGGACUGAAAAAGCAAUUUCACAAAGCCACUCAGGUUGCCAGACACAAAGAGGAGCACAACUAAUGAUGAAAAGCAAAGUUAGUGAGAAGGUUGGAGGGGCAGAAGGAACUAAAUUAGAUGAAGACUUUACGGAUAUGGAAAAGAAAGUUGACACCACGACAAGGGCAGUGAUGGAAAUUAUGACCAAGACAACAGAGUAUCUGCAGCCGAAUCCAGCAACUCGUGCUAAAAUGAGUAUGAUGAGCUCCAUGUCUAAAAUCCGAGGAGGAGAUAAAGGUCCUGGCUACACACAGACUGAAACCAUCCUGGCAGAGUCCAUGCAAAGGUUUGGCAGGGAACUUGGAGAGGAAUCCAACUUCGGUCUAGCUUUGAUUGAAGCUGGAGAAGCCAUGCGAGAGCUCGGUGAAGUUAAAGAUGCUUUAGAUAUGGAGGUCAAGCAGAACUUUAUUGAUCCCUUGCAGAAUAUCCAUGAUAAAGACUUAAGAGAGGUCCAGCAUCACCUGAAGAAGCUGGAAGGGCGAAGGUUGGACUUUGACUAUAAGAAGAAAAGGCAAGGCAAAGUGACAGGUGAUGAGAUCAAACAGGCACUGGAGAAGUUCGAUGAAACGAAGGAAGUCGCAGAACUAAGCAUGUUUCACAUUCUAGAAAGUGAUAUUGAACAGGUGAGCCAGCUUGCUGCUCUGGUUCAAGCUCAGGUGAACUACCACAGACAGGCCACAGAGAUCCUUCAGAAGCUGUCCAGCAAGAUAGAGGACAGAAUAGCAGAAGCUUCCAGUAAGCCAAGAAAAGAGUAUGUUCCCAAACCUCGAACCUCCAUAGAUUUCAGUGAGAACCAUAAUGGGAAUAUUGGCCACAGUGGCCCACCCAGGUCACCAGCUCCAAUGGACCAGCCUUGUUGUCGGGCACUUUAUGAUUUUGACGCUGAAAAUGAGGGUGAGUUGGGCUUCAAAGAAGGAGACAUCAUCACCUUAACCAGCAAGAUUGAUGAGAACUGGUAUGAAGGAAUGGUCGGUGGGAAGUCUGGCUUCUUCCCAGUCAACUAUGUAGAAGUCCUUGUAGCUUUGCCCCACUAAGUUCUAUGCAUGUAGUCUUAUCAUUACUGUACCUGAAAAAUCUAAUUGCUUCUUUUAUAAGAGAAGAAAACAGCCAAAAUAAACAGCACAAAAGCCCUGUUGUUGUUUAUUUGCAUAUGAAAUAAACAAGGAAGACUUUGGGUUGCCCUUCCCUAGAUAUAAUUCCUGGUUGCGUUGGAAUGGUUCCACUUUACUGUAUUAUUUACUUACUUUUUUAAGGUUCACCUGAUAUCUGCUUUGCCUGCUGCUAUGUAUCCUAAAUGUUCUGAUGUUGUCCGAGUUCAUUUUUGCCUGUUUCCAAUGCUAACAACAAACCAUGAUUUGCUUUCCCUACUGUGUGUGUGUGAGUGUGUGCGUGUGUGACUAUAAAUAUGCUUGGGUUGAAUCUGAUACCUGUAAUCUAAAUAAAUGAAAAUGCAUAUAAUGUAUUUAAUAAUUUUAUUUUUAUGUAAAGUAUGCAAGUUCUGAACCAGCUGUGAAAAAAAUUUAAUUAGAAUAUAAAUGGCUUUUCCUAAAAGAGGUUUUCAAACUUGAGCAAAUGUUGCUAUAUGUCAGCAGAUUCGUUUUGAAAAAGCAACAAAUGUUAAGCCAUUUAUUGGUUUAUUUCUGUACAGAGUGUUAAGUAUUUUAACACAAAGAAAUAACACACAUCACCUUUAAUUAUAUCUCAUUUAAGAAUUAGGUGCAUUUCUAGUUGUAAAUGAUGUACAAUGUGAAUGAUUUUAAACAUAGUAUAUGUAUACACCUGCAUUAAAAAAAUUUAAGUUUGGAAAAGUUAUUUAGUUAAUGUUCUAUUUAUUAAUAUUAAAUGUAAAAUGCCUUUUGUUGAAAAUCAGAAUAAUAGUGUAAAUGAACAGACAAUAUUUCUUUAUUUUCCUCAGUGAGCUCUGUACAGCCUUUUUGUGUUUUUUUCCA